UUAGAGUUAUACAGUCCAUCACCGGCAAUAUUAUUGAUAUUGGAAAUAUUAUUUUACUAAAAUAAAAUUUUUCCUUUAUAUUUUCGUAUAUAACGGAAUGCAUUCAUCGGCGAAAAAACUGCACAGAGUACUAUCUUCUCGAGAAAUACGAAAAACGUUCACGGACUUUUUCAUUAACAAUCAUGAACACACAUUCGUGCGUUCGAGUCCCGUGGUUCCGUGGUGUGAUCCAACAGUGUCUUUUGUAAAUGCUGGCAUGAAUCAGUUCAAAUCUGUUUUCCUUGGCAAAACCCAAGCAACCCACAAAAGAGUUACAAAUUCGCAGAAAUGCGUUCGGGUUGGUGGAAAGCAUAAUGACUUGUCAGUGGUUGGUGAGGAUGGUUAUCAUCAUACAUUUUUCGAGAUGCUGGGCAAUUGGUCAUUUGGUGACUACUUUAAGCGAGAAGCUUGUGCAAUGGCCCUAGAGUUACUACGCGGUCCCUAUAAUAUAGAUCCAUCACGUCUAUAUGUAACUUAUUUUGCCGGUGAUAAAAUCUUAGGAUUGCCAGCCGAUUUAGAAUCCGUUGAUAUUUGGCGUAGUUUAGGUUUUCCUUCGUCGCGUAUUCUACCUUUCGGCACCAAGGACAACUUUUGGGAAAUGGGCUCAUCAGGCCCUUGUGGUCCAUGUACCGAAAUUCAUAUCGAUCAUCGUCCGGAUUUGGGAAACACAGAUCAACGGUCCAAAUUGGUCAAUGCUGGAAGGUCGGAUUUGACAGAGCUGUGGAAUCUUGUAUUUAUACAGUAUAAUAGGCACGAAGAUGGUUCCAUUAGCCAAUUACCAUCGCAUCACGUUGAUACUGGUAUGGGGUUUGAAAGACUUACGGCGAUACUGCAAAAUAAAUCGUCAAAUUAUGAUACUGAUUUAUUUGUGCCGAUUUUUGAUGUCAUUAAUAAGAUUUCCAAGGCUCCCCAUUAUUCUGGAUGCUUCCCAACACCUGAUGAAAGUGCAACAUUGGAUACUGGUUACAGAAUCUUAGCUGACCAUGCUAGAAUGGUUGCGGUUUGUUUAGCUGACGGAAUGUUGCCGGAUCAAAAUCAAAAACUAAGACGAGUUUUGCGCAAAGCAAUAACAGUAUCUGAAAAUGUAUUCGGAAAUGAGACCUUGCUCCAACACAUAAUACCAGUGGUGGCUGACUCCUUGGGUUCCGCUUAUCCCGAGAUAGCAAACAAACAGAAUGAUAUUUUGGAACUAAUCAGUCAUGAGCAGGAAGUUUUUAAGGCUUUGAGGGAAAGUUCCUCCAAAGCUUUCAGUGAAGUCUUGGUUGAAUACCCCAAUUUAGAAGAUGUCGAUUUGAUGGAAUGCCCUGGUUUUGUACCCGCCUAUCGCGAAUUCCAAUCUCAGAAACAUACAUUCAAAAAUCAUUGUAUUCCCGGAGAAUUCCUAUUUAAACUUUCGGAUACCUAUGGCUUGACAGAGGAGCACUUUAAGAAAUUAGCCCAGUCUGAAGAAAUGACCUAUGACUCAUCCGAUUACAAAGAUGUAGUAACCAGGGCAAAGCUCAAAGCGAAAAGUUCAAUGAAUUUCAAUGAACAAGAAAAUACUCACUUGAAAAAUAUUGAGAAGUCCUUAGUGGAUAUAACGAAAUCUCUGCCAUCUACAGACAAUCAUUACAAAUACUCCUACACGUACAAUGAACUAGAGAAGGAAUAUGCGGUGCCCGACCUAAAUUCAAAAGUUUUGGGAAUAUUGUACAAUGAUGUUUGCGUUAAUGAAGUGGUGUCGACUGGAGGAUUUUCCAAUACCAAAGACAUCAUCUCAAUUGUAACGGAGGCGAGUAAUUUCUACUACGAGUCUGGAGGUCAACAGGCUGACAAAGGCUGCAUUAUUCUAGAAGCGGCAAAUGGUGAAUCUCUAGAUUUGAAAGUUAUUGCUGUACGAUCUAUAAAUGAUUGUGUAAUACACAUGUGUGAAUUGCCAAAAGAAAGAUUAAAAUUUACACUUGCUGUAGGCGAUAAUGUUGUGCUAAAUAUCGAUAAGAUUCACCGUAAGAGAAACAUAUGCCAUCAUACCGCUGUACAUUUAUUAAAUGGAGUCAUGAGAGCAUUAUUCAAUAAAGUCACGUACCAAGUUUCCAGUGCUGUUACCAGUGAUCAUUGCAAACUUGAAGUUGGUUUGAUAGGAAAGCGUAUAACAAAGGAAGAUGUUUCCAAAAUGGAAGAACUGAUAAGACGAAUAAUAUCAGCGAAUGCGCCUGUAAAUGUGGAACUCUGUAACGCCUCGGAUAUUCUACAGAAAAAUAAUAUUACUAUGGUGCCGGGAGAAGUUUAUCCAGAAACGGGGUUGCGUUUAGUUACAAUUAAUUGCGAACAUUACGACUUACAAUCAAAGGAAUUAUGCUGUGGAACACAUGUCACCAAUACUAAAGAGCUGGAGCAAUUUUGCAUUACAAAUGUGAAACAAACCAAUCGGGCUAGAUACGCAUUCACAGCGGUUGCGGGAGACGCAGCUGACAAGGUUCAUAAGGUAGCCGCAUUAUUGCAACAUCGUGUAGAUAUGCUAGAGAAAGAAAUAAAGACUGACAAAAUGUCCAACGCCACAGAAGUGGAGCUGCAAAAGAUUCGCCAUAAUCUACUGCACACGGAUAUCAUGUUGCCGUAUGUGUUCAAAAUGGAUACCCUAGAACGUAUUAACAUCAUUUUGAAGAGGGUCAAAGAAACGGCACGAACCAACAUUAAAGACUUUGUAGAUGUUGAGAUGCGCAAUUUACUGCAGGAAAAACCAUUACCGGCACACCCAUUCAUUUUGCACUACAUUUCUAGCUCAGCUUUGGUGGAAGAAGUACCAUUGCAAAAAGCUACCAAACAUUGUACUGAUAGGCCCAUUCUGGUUGUUGCAAAAAGUGAUGGCAUAGUGAAAGCAAGAUGCUGUGUUCCCAAGAAAUUUCAAACGGAAAACUUCAAUGCUGACAAAUGGUUAAGUGAGUUUGCUUCCCCGUUCAGUGCUCAGAUUGCCGCACCUAAGGGACAAGAUCCCCAUGACGUUUGCAAUAUGAAAGGCAAGAAAGCUUCGAUGCAAUUUGAUGAUCAACUGGAAAUUGCUAUGCAAAAGGCCCACAAUUAUGCAGCACAACAUUUGAAGUAGCGAAAGAGUUUUGUUAUUUAGUAUUUAAGUAUGUUUACCACUCGCACUUUGUUUCCAUUUUCCGUUCCAAUUGACUUAAUGGUCUGGUAUUUGAAAUAAAUUGACAACAUUUUUCUUAAAAUAUUUUUUAAUACAACAUCUUAACA